AUGGCAAUUAUUAAACCAGGAGGUCACUACAUUGUUCCAACAAAAGGUGAAGAAAUUUCAACAUUUAUUCUUGAAAAUGAAGGAGAUGAAUUAGCAAGAUGUGAAUUAAAUCUUAAUGGCAACAUUCAAGAAACACUUGAUAUUUUACCUCACAGCACUCAAACCAAAAUGAUGGAUGUUAGAGGAAAAUUAACCUUGUGCAAUAUAGGUAAAACCCAUAUUAAAAUCCUUUAA